AUGGUCAAACUCAGCUGCUCUCCGGGAGCGUCCAUAUGGGCGUUGCCAGCAGGCGUUCGUUCGCUCUUGCGAAACCGCAUUGCUCCCCCUCGAAGCUUCCUCUCUACAGACACGAAACCAUCAUCAAUCACCAUUGAUGGCACUCCAUACCCCGCUGACGAGUGGACCAAUGUACCACCAUCGAUUAUCUCGCAUUAUGGUCGGAGUCUACAUCUACAGCCGAACCACCCGCUAUCGAUCACGAGGAAAUUGAUCGAAUCACGUUUCCCUAGCUUUCAGAAUCACAACAACUUGAAGCCUGUCGUUACUGUGGGCCAGAACUUCGACUCCCUCGGAUUCGCCGCAGACCACCCUGGCCGAAGCAAGACCGAUACUUACUAUGUGAACAAGGACACCGUUCUACGAACGCACACAACAGCUCACGAAGUCGAUACUUUCCGAGCCAACACCAACAAUGGGUAUACCAUCACUGCAGAUGUGUACCGCCGAGACGCUGUCGAUCGUAGCCAUUAUCCUGUGUUCCACCAAAUGGAAGGAGCCUUAACGUGGGAUCGCAACGACUUCUCAAGCCGAGGGGAAUUGACCAAGCAGAUCCUUGCGGAUGUAGAGAAGAUCCCAAAACAUGAUUUGGUCGUCGAUAAUCCAAAUCCAACUUUCCACGACGUGAGGAAUCCACUGCAGUCGGAACACCACUCUCCCGAGGAAGCAGAGGCCGUCGCAACGCAUCUGAAGCGCUCCCUAGAAAACAUGGUCGUGGCGAUUUUUUCGGAGGCGGACAAGGCUCUUGCAGCUGCUGGCCAAGGAGCAGAAGCUGAGCAGGAACCAUUGAAAGUCCGCUGGGUCGAAGCCUUCUUCCCUCACACAUCACCAUCAUGGGAAUUGGAGGUUUGGUGGCGAGGAGAUUGGCUGGAAGUUCUUGGCUGCGGUGUCAUCGACCAGCCGUUGCUGAACCGCGCUGAUGUACCCUCCAGAAUCGGCUGGGCGUUCGGUCUCGGGCUUGAAAGACUCGCUAUGCUUCUCUUCGGCAUUCCUGAUAUCAGACUAUUCUGGAGCAAGGACCAACGCUUCCUUGGCCAAUUCGAUGAGUCAAAGCCUGCCAGGCGCUUUCAACCAUUCAGCAAAUACCCAGCGGCGCCUAGGGACGUAGCUUUCUGGCUCCCGAAAGCUGGACCAGUCAUCACUGAAACACCAGCGUCGGUGUCAUCAGCGCCUUCGCCUGCAGGAGGUCAGCCAACAGAGCCACCUACCACUAGCGAGCCUCCUGCCUUCCACGAAAACGACCUGAUGGAAGUCGUUCGCAACACAGCCGGCACCGACGUGGAGAACGUGGCACUGAUCGAUAGCUUCAAGCACCCAAAGACAGGGCGCCAAAGCUUGUGCUAUCGUGUCACAUACCGCAGUCUGGAGAAGACCCUCACCAACGAGGAGGCCAACGCGCUGCAUGAGCAGAUCAGACAGGAGCUGGUCAGUCGAUUCGGCGUUGAGCUUCGAUGA